GGGCAGCCCACAGCCGAGCGGGGAGGAGCGGGCGGAGGAACCAGGCGCGCAGCAGGGAGGACGGAGCUCACCUCCUCUGUGGCGCCCAUGGGGACAGGACGACUUUAAAGGAGUUUUUUUUUUUUUUUCUUCGAGGGGGGGGUGUUCUGGAGCUGGGAGACCACGGAUCCGGCAAUUCCUGCCCUCGCCUCGCCCUGUCAUUGAUGGGAAAUCAACUGGAUCGCAUCACCCACCUGAAUUACAGCGAGCUGCCGACCGGGGACCCCUCGGGGAUCGAGAAAGACGAGCUGCGCGUCGGGGUGGCUUACUUCUUUUCGGAUGAGGAGGAGGACCUGGACGAGCGAGGCCAGCCAGACAAGUACAGCGUGAAGGGCUCCGGCAGCCCUGGCCAGGAGACGCCCACCCACCACCUCCACCACCAGCUGGUGCUGAACGAGACCCAGUUCUCCGCUUUCCGCGGCCAGGAAUGCAUCUUCUCCAAGGUCAGCAGCGGCCCCCAGGCUGGAGACCUCAGCGUCUACUCGGUGUCAGCGCUGCCUGCCCUCUGCAAGCCGGGGGACCUGCUGGAGCUGCUGUACCUGGGGCCGUCAGAGCAUCCCCCGCCACACUGGGCAGUGUACGUGGGCAGCGGGCAGAUCAUCCACCUGCACCAGGGGCAGAUCCGCCAGGACAGCUUGUACGAGGCGGCCGCGGGCAACGUGGGCCGGGUGGUGAAUAGCUGGUACCGCUUUCGCCCGCUGGUGGCUGAGCUGGUGGUGCAAAACGCCUGCGGGCACCUGGGCUUAAAAAGCGACGAGAUCUGCUGGACUAACUCCGAGAGCUUUGCCGCCUGGUGCCGCUUCGGGAAAAGGGAGUUCAAAGCCGGGGGGGAGCUGCAGGCUGCUGCCGGCACCCAGCACCAGCAGCAAUACUAUCUCAAGAUCCACUUGGCAGAGAACAAGGUGCACACGGUGAGGUUCCACAGCCUGGAGGAUCUAAUACGCGAGAAGCGCAGGAUCGAUGCCAGUGGCAAACUGAGGGUGAUCAAAGACCUGGCUAUAGUGGAUGAGAAAGAAUAACGAGCAGCAGGGGUACAUGGCUAUCUCUUCCUUCUGCCCUGUCGGGGGAGACCAGCCUGCAACAGAGACAGGAGGCUGCACCCUCUUUCCAUGGGACGCGACUGGAAGCAAGAUCCAUGGCGACAUUCCAAAAAACCAGCAUUCUUUACACCCAUAGCCAGUAUUUUGUUUGGCUUUUAAUAGCAUUAAUGCUGAAAGAGUGCAAGAGGGAGAGGAAGAAGAGAGGGGGGAGGUGCACGAAAGCUGUUUGCAGAGUAUGUGGACCAAGUCUCUACUGUCAAUCAAUGUUGACCAUUCUAGCAACAUGCUAAUAAAAUUUCAAAUUGAAAUUUUUUUAAUUUUUAUUUCAUGGCUUUAAUCCAUGAUGAGUUUUAAACAUUGGGGGCCAUGGAUGUGGAUUUAGCUAAAUGAAAUUUUAGCUAACAUUUGCCAUGCAGUCAACCAAAAGCAUCAGUCGUACUUUGCUAGCUGAAAGGGGUGGGGGGUGGGGGGCUCUAAAUGCCUAUUUGUUUUGUUUCUUGGCACUGUCGCUUCAGCCUGUAGCUGCAACCCGGAUUUUGUCCCAGACAACUCUAGCAAGAUCCUAACAGGGGAAAAUGUUUUCACAUUUCUGGUUGAAACUGAUUACAUUUUAAAUACUUGUCUUUUCUGUCUGCUUUUCUCUGCUAAAUGUCAUCAUGAUACACAAGCAAGCUGUUUCAACCUCUUCCCCUUUCCUUUUUUCAUGGAAAAAGUUGGUUAGCAGUUGUUUUCUUGAAAUUAAAUUCAUUGGUUGAAGGUGUAUUUUGGAGAACAGUAUACUCAGUGUUUCUCCUCAGAGAUGCAGCCUCUAGGAUCUCAUGUUUGAGCUGUGGAUUUGUAUCACUGUAGAGAUUCUUAUUGCACCACUGCCUCAAUACCUCCCUCUUCGUGCACAGGUCAACGGGAUCCUACAAGAAACAAAUAGGCUUGAAUUCUGCAUGUUGCCUCUUUCAAACAGAAAUUUAUCACAUAUUUACAAUUCCACUUAAAGAAAAUAGAUGUAACAUGGCCAAGUUCAUUUUGCAUUUCAAAUUCCAAGCAACUAAAAAUCCUAUUCAGUUUAAGUUUAGAAAUCCACAGCUGCGUUUAAAAGAUGCCUUUUAAUGUGAUGUGAGCAAUACCUUGAUUGUAUUUCAGAUCCUAUUGUCCCACUGCUUAAUUCUUCAGUUCUGAAGUAAAAGAUCAAAAUAUUAAGUAUACAUAAAAUCUAAAAUAAGUAUACUAGGGCAUUUCUAAAUCUGUCUAUUCUAUUUUUAUUACUCUAGGCUGCAUAAAAGUUAUAAUAAGCAAUUUGUCUUUGCAUGUUUCAGUGCUGGAAAAAAAAAAAAGGGAUUUGUUUUUCUUCCCUCUUCCCACGUCAAUGUCAGAUGGCAUAA